GGUGUCCCUAAAUGGAACUGGCAAGACUGGUGCCCUUCACCUCCUGAAAGAUGUCAUCGCAACAGACAAAGAAGAGGUUGCUUUCAAAGACCUAGAUGUUGCUGUACUUGUGGGCUCCAUGCCAAGAAGGGAAGGCAUGGAGAGAAAAGAUUUACUGAAAGCAAAUGUGAAAAUCUUCAAGAGCCAGGGCGCAGCCUUGGAGAAGUAUGCCAAGAAAUCAGUUAAGGUCAUUGUUGUGGGAAACCCAGCCAAUACCAACUGCCUCACGGCCUCCAAGUCUGCCCCAUCCAUCCCCAAGGAGAACUUCAGUUGCUUGACUCGCUUGGAUCAUAACCGAGCCAAAUCUCAGAUUGCUCUUAAACUUGGUGUGACUGCUGAUGAUGUAAAGAAUGUCAUUAUCUGGGGAAACCAUUCCUCAACUCAGUAUCCUGAUGUUAAUCAUGCCAAGGUGAAAUUACAUGGAAAGGAAGUUGGUGUGUAUGAAGCUCUGAAAGAUGACAGCUGGCUCAAGGGAGAAUUCAUCAUGACUGUGCAGCAGCGUGGUGCUGCUGUCAUCAAAGCUCGGAAACUGUCCAGUGCAAUGUCUGCUGCAAAAGCCAUUGGUGACCACAUCAGAGACAUCUGGUUUGGAACCCCAGAGGGAGAGUUUGUGUCCAUGGGUGUUAUCUCUGAUGGCAACUCCUACGGUAUUCCCGAUGAUCUUCUCUACUCAUUCCCUGUCAUAAUCAAGAAUAAGACAUGGAAGUUUGUUGAAGGUCUCCCUAUUAAUGAUUUCUCACGUGAAAAGAUGGAUCUUACUGCAAAGGAACUAACAGAAGAAAAAGAAACUGCUUUUGAAUUUCUUUCCUCUGCAUGACUAGGCCAUCAUUUUGAUGUUAAUAAGUACCCUAAAGCUGAGGAAUCUAAAUGUCGUCUUUGACUGUAGUUCCAAAUAAAGAUAAUACUAUACUUACAUUACUUGUAAAGAACAACAGACCUUAAAGAUUGUGUGCUUCUCGGGUACACAUUUGUGAAUGAAAGGCUGUCAUCAUGCUUUUAGUGCUGUAUUCUAAAUAAAAAUACAUAUUC